AUGGAUGCCACUGAGCGUGACGUGAGGCAGCUGUCUGAGACUUUGGACUUCCUGGAAGACCUCCUGGCACCCGGUGCGGAGGUUGGGGACCUGUCUGAAGUGCUGGGUGGCACCCUCCGAGAGUGUCAAGAUCUGCGGGACCGGCUGCAAGAGGCGGUGCCGGACAUCUUGGAUCGGGAUGGUGGUGAAGCCACCUUCAACCAGAUCGCGGCGCUGCUGGAGCGCAUGGAGCGGGUCAAGGACCAGUGGCAGGCGGCGCAAAGCGGUGCCGGCGGCGCCGGUGCCGGCGGUGGCCAGCGCAGCCCUCCCAGCGGUCCCAGCAUGGCCGUGGCCCCCGGGGCCCAGUUGGCUGCGCCUUCGCUGCCAGCCUCGGCGCUGACCUCCGCCGCCUCCGGCUCUGUGCCGGCCCCAGUCGCGGCCGUCCCGGCUUCCGCACUGGCUUCAGCUUCGCCGGCACAAUCGCAUGCUUCCGAAGACAUGUGGCGUCAAACCAGUGGUUUGGGUUCCAUGGAGAAAGAGAAGGAGAAGAAGAAGAAGCGGAAGGAAGGGAAGGAGUCCAAGGAGAAAGAUCUUGGGGAUCAGGGCAAGGAGGGCAAGGGGAGCGAAGAUGGCUUCCCGGAUAGCUUUGGAGCUUGGCCGGACUCUGGCGAGGCUUCUGCUUUCCCAGAAUCUUUUGGUGGAUGGGGCACCGCGCCUUUGGGCUCAAGCCCCGCCCCUUUCGAAGCCUCGAACUGGGCCACAGGGGUUUCAGCAGAAGGCCUAACGACGACCCCGGGCCCCUGCGGCCCCUGCGGCCCCUGCGCUUCGGCCGGUCCCAGUCCUUUUGCAGCUUUUGGAAUGCCAGAACCCUCAGCGCCCAUUGCUCCGAGCUCCCUGCUGGGAGAUGCGAAUGCCCAAGCCGAAGGGACCUUGGCGAGUCUUCAUGUGGGAUUUCCCUUUGCGGCGAUUUCGGAGGACAAAGAGGCCUUCGAGCGGCUCUUUGUCCGUGCCGCAGCGGCGGCUGCCGGGGUAGCACCAAGGCGCAUACGAGUCCACGCUGUGCGUCCGGGCCCGGGCUACUAA